GGCAGCCUACAUGAGCGCGUCGUGAGAGUCGUCUGUGCAUUUGAAUGAGUUUACGUGUAGUUAGGUCGCGUUUUUCCUGUUAAUUUGGGAUCGCCUCCGAGGCGGAAUAUCGGGACUUCUGAUUUGCUCGGGAAGGCUUCAUGCCUGCUCAGGCGACAACCGCGCCUGGCGAAUAGUUUCGGCAAGUUCCGUCAAGCGAAUCAAUGCUGGAUAUCCUUCGACAUGGACUCUCUGCACUGUUACUGCAAUACGGCGGAUGCAGACCCCGCGCAUAUGCUAAAGUGUACCGGGUGCAAGCUUUACUUCCACCCAGGGUGUCUGAAGAGCAGCCAUCGGAGUACACUUGUCGGCGACCUGUUCUUCAAGCUGACCUGCGACCGAUGCACCCCUGAUAACGUAGAAGUCCUGGAGCGCCUGAAGAUGCAAUGGAUUCAGGUCAUAAUGCUGACCCUGUACAACCUCCAUGUCAGCGGCACCAAUGGGAAGCUUGGCUACUUCCGAUGGCGGGAGCACAUUUGCAACUUCAUCGACAAGCACUGGACGACAUUCUUCGGAGAGAGAAAACGGACAGCGACAUUCCGUGGCACCGUCGCCGGAGUGCUGUCUUCCGGAUGUCCGCUCCUGUUCCAAUCCGGGUGGUCCAAGCUCGGAGAGAACGGAUGGUGGACGCUGACCACAAUGAAGCCCCCAUCGCCCGCCGAUUUCGAGGGGCCUACCACACUGCUGGCCCAGUGCCGAAAGGCGAAAAUGGCUCCUGUGGCAACGGUAGAAGAGGCACCGCCCAUUCUGGACACUCCCCGCCGGCGUAAUGUUGCAAGCUCGCUGCAGGCAGCCAUAAACCUCAAGGAGAGGCGGGCACUGAUCAAGCCUGUGGUAGACUCGUGCAACUCAAACAUGCCUGACAAGGUCCACGUCAAGACUGAGCCUGUCGACACGUGCGAUGAUACUACAACAAGUUCGUCAUUCGACAUGCACGACAGCCUGAUGACGCCCGAGGACUUCCAUUGGAAUACCGAACAUGAUCUCUUUGGGAGUGACCUCUUCCGGCACGAUUUGCUUAGUGUGACCGAACCUGCGAGUGAUCCUGUUGACAUCGUUUCCACGUCUUCUGACAAGCUUGAAGAUGGCCUCUUGCCGGUGAAAGUGGAGGCCGAGGACGAUGAAGCCCUGGACCUGGAAGAUUUCAAUGUCCAAGAGGCAGCCACCAUGGAUGCCAGCUACUUCGGUGUGCAGUCUCCCAAGGUUGAGGACAUUGUUGGCAUCUUGAAUACCGAUGGUGACGUGGCUGCAACUGAAGAGGUCAUAGCAGGCAACAUUGAUGAUGACGAAGGGUCCAUGACAAGCAUCAAAGAGGAGCCGGUGAGCGACGCAGAGAGCAGCUCGACCGAGACGUCUCAUUCGCGCGCAUCGGGCACCACGAGGAAGCACAGAAUGGACGAGAGAGGGCUGCAGGCCACCAUCAAAGAAGAAGCCACACCCAAAAAGCCCAAGUGUGUCCCAAUGAGCAUCUAUGAGGAACACCAACUGCUGAGCCAAAUAGAGAAGUACGCCCAGAAAAUUACUCUUCCCCCUGAAGCGCAGAGGCUCAGGAGGAAGCUUCUUGUCAGGCAGAUCAAGCGGGCACGCAACAUUCCAGUUUUUGACCUCGACGCCCUAGCCGACCAGCUCUCGCGUCGGCCGCACAAGGAUUUGCAACAGGAAGUUCACCGGCCUAGACGAAACACGAAAGACGUGCUGGACCGAUUUCAGGUGACUAUAGGAACAGCUCGCAUGGGAGCUCAAAGUCACGUGUCAUUCGUGACGCGCAUACUUGGCCUCGAAGAGGAACAGCUCGAGUGCAUAGCCAGUCCGUAUACCCAGAGGACACUGAAGCCAUUCAUCUUCAGGGACUUUGAAGCAAGGCCUUUGAGACUAAAGCUCCUAGAGGAGAUACUUUCCCACAGGCUCAAUGCAAGGUUCAGGGAGGAAUCUGCAACACAGCCUACAGAGCACCACCCCAUCGAUUUCUGCUAUGUGCGGCCACAACACAUACCGGUCAUAAACGCCAUGUGCCGAACUUUUUUUUGGCCUGGAAUUGACUUGUCUGAAAGCCUCCAGUACCCAGAUUUCAGCUGUGUCGCUAUGUACAGGAAACUGGUGGUGGGGUUCGCCUUCAUGGUGCCCGACGUCAAGUUCAACGAGGCGUACAUCCCCUUCAUCUUCACGCACCCCGAGUGGCGAAAAUCGGGCAUCGCCAAGUUCAUGCUCUACCACCUGAUUCAGACGUGCAUGGGAAAAGACGUCACGCUGCACGUGUCCGCGACCAAUCCAGCAAUGCUUCUGUACCAGAAGUUUGGGUUCAAGGUGGAGGAGCUCAUCCUGGACUUCUACGACAAGUACUUCCCCGCCGACUCCAAGGAAUGCAAGCACGCCAUGUUUCUCCGGCUCAGCAGAUAGCACCCCCCCAUUCCCU